AUGCAAGCCUCAAAAUCCUUAGAAAAGUUCCAUUCCCUUCCAAACAUAAGAUCUGGAAUGAGUGAGGGAGACCUGCGCAAGUUUUAUAGUCUAUCUUUGUCACAAUUCAGAAAGCAUGCUGAGUUUGGGGACUAUAACUACAAACCUACACCUUUUAAUCUUCGCUGGAUAUACGGAUACAAACCCAAAGCUGGUGUGAUCAACCUCAACGAUAAGGACCGAACGGAAGUAUUCUACGCAGCUGGCAAUUGCGGUGUGGUUUACGAUUGGAGUAAGGAUCAAAUGAGGAUUUUGCAAGGGCACCGACACGUUGUUACGCACCUGGCAACGGAUGCGCAAGGCAAAUGGCUCGUCACGGGCGACUCAGGGCCCGAGGACGUCAUCAUAAUUUGGGACAGCAACGACUACUUCCCUCAGAGAACCAUAUUCAACCCCCAUGGGACGAGCAAGCUCGCUAGAAUCGCUUUGAGCACUGAUGCGAAGUUUCUCUUGUCUUUGGGUUAUCACGAUCAAGCUAUGCUGUAUUGGUGGAUUUGGUCGUUUGGUCUCGAUGUUCCACAUGCAAUGUUGGAAGUAGAAAUACCCCGCGGUGGUGUUAUAGACAUGAGCUUUAAUCCCAAUAACAGCCAACAAUUUUUGCUACUGACUAAAUAUGAUAUUUGGAUUGGUGUAUCGCAGAAAGUAUUCGUGAUUGAAAGAGGGCUUUUAAAAGAGACCGAUGAUUAUGAGCUUAAAAUUCGAAUGCCGGCGCGGAAGACCACGUCGGAUGUUGGCAAAUUGACAUGCUUUACGUUUACCAAAUCCCAAGUAAUCGUUGGCUCCAGUCGAGGUGCUGUUCUGUUAUAUGGGUAUGCUAUAGGACAUCAGGAGAAGGUUGAUAUGGAUUACGAGGGCCUGAGAUUCAUUAAGAUAUUGAAAGUGGAGUCUAAGAAGAUUAACGUUAUUAAAAAUAUAGAUGGAGUGAUAGUUACUGGCAAUGAUGUUGGAGAAAUACGCUUCUAUGAUGAGCAAAUGAUGUUGCUGUACUGGGUCCACGGGUUCCAGGUAGAUUCCGUCAGAGGGAUCAGCUUCGAUCUGAUCAAGAGGAGCUACAAAAUAAUCGACCCGAAAUGCAAAAAGGAGUGUCCCUGCUUCGAAAAGGUGAACCCAGGUGUAGACCCAGAAACUGGGUUGCGACGUCAAAAGCUGAUGAAGAAAGCGAUACCUUCAGAUGCUACUACGGCUAAUAAACCGUUUUUGGUCAGAGAUUUUGUUCUAUGUACCAACAACGAAGGUGUCGCGUUCGUGGACUUUACAUCAGAAACAUUGUUGACUAUAUUGGACAAUAAAAUAAUGCACGCUCUCACAAUGACCGUACAUCCAGAAAAGCCAUUCUUUUGUGUCGGCUUCACUGGCGGCUCAUUGGAGCUACACAAUUAUUUACAACACACGUUAUUUGCAAGACUGGAUUUGCGAGAUAAUUUCAAAGUUAUCACGCCCCCUAAUGAUGAUUCGAUAAAGGGGGAUUAUGAAGUGACGUUUCCAAUACUUUCCGUCACCUGCCUUAAGUAUUCUCCUUCAGGUUUGCAUUUGGCAUGUGGUCUUGAUACUGGCGAACUUCUAUUUCUGGACCCUGUCACAAUCGAUAUCUUGACGAGGACUCCAUUCAGGGACACGGGCCACGCUGUAAAGGAAAUCAGUUACAGUCCGGAUUCAUUGACUAUGGCCUUUUCCGAUACUGGCAGAACGGUUUGCGUCUAUAAAUAUGACUGUAUGAAUCUCGAGUGGCAUUUCAUCGGCAAGCACAGGGCUCACUACAAGGACAUUACCACACUCUUCUUCCUGCCACAGAAGAAUGACAACGGAGAGUAUAAGCUGGUGUCUCUUGGUGCUGAUAGAAUGAUGGUGGAGUAUGAUAUAGCGGAGAGUUCUGAGGAGUACCUAGAGAUUCUCAGUUUAGAUAGGUUUGAUCAGUCUGCGGUCCCAUUGGCUGGAAUCCCUUGGCCGACACCGACAGAAAUAGAUCCAGAAAGCUUCCGAACGGAUAUACCCAUGAUCCUUGUGGCUAAUGAUGAGCAUAAAUACAAGAUAGUAAACUAUGCAACAACAAUGACAUUAUCAACAGUACUCGGCCCACGUUUUGAGCACCCGGUAUGUAAAAUGCAGCUGAUCACGAAAACCGGUGAAGAUGAGGAAAAAUAUCUACUUUUCGCUACGAAGAAUGUCAUCGGCUUACAGAAAAUGCCGCUGGAUGGCAAUCCAUGGAAACAUAUAGGACUUUUAGGACACCCUGUACAAGUUACAGGCAUGUGUUACCGUGAAGAUUCGGGCACGCUUUUCACAAUAGGUGCCAAGGAUACAUGCGUUUACCAGUGGGCGGCAAAUUAUAGGGCGGUAGAACUAACAACAAAGCAAGGCGGCGAAGAUCUUGACCCCUACUACUGUCUCAUCGAAAACGGUAGACCUGGCUGGCUGUUUCAUGAGAUUCGAGACCUGUUCUACUACAUUCAGAUCCUAUGCCAGGGCACAUUUUCGCCAGCAAUGAGACGUGUUAAGGACUACAUCCCUAUUGACUCCUUGCCUGAUCUGAUGAGAGCAUUGGCAUACUUCCCGUCGGAAUAUGAAGUUGAAAAUCUUCUAAUAGAAGCGAAAUAUAAAGUCUAUCAACGUGCUCCUUCGAUGGAGAUAGAUUUCGAAGAGUUUGUCAAAUUGUACCUCAACCACCGGCCAGCGUUUCCCAAUACUUACAAGAAAAUCAGAAACGCGUUUAGGUAUUUCGCUACUCCGAACCAGGAGAAUGAGUUUGUCAUAUAUCAAGAGGAUUUCGUGAAAAUGCUGAGCCAGAAUGGUGAACGUUUUUCCCGUGAACUAUCAUGGUAUCUGUUGUCUAUUCUCUAUGGACAAUCGUUUGAUGACCGGGCUGCUAUGAAUGAUGAAGAGUUUUCGUUUUUGCCAGAGGAAAUAACUUUGAGCGAACUGUUAACAAACAUAAUUGGGGUUGAGGACAUAGAAAAUAUUUUGGAGUUCUCCACGAAGGAUUCAAUUCCUUCCCAAGUUACCGCUUCAUCGGAUACUGAAGACGCUUGA